CUUAAUAGAAUUGAGAAAAAAAAUCUCUGCAGUGAUUGUACAGUACAUAUCAACUUAAUUUUCUUAUCGAUGGAUGUGGAGCAAGGGCAACACGGGAUUUUCUCCAUGUGAAACAAAAAAAAGUGUUUAAUAGUUCAGAUUUCUGGAAAUGAACAUGCCAUGCCGAUCAAAAAUAUGGUUUCAAUAGAACAACAAAGGCCGAUGGAAUAUGGGAAUUGCAUAAUUUUAUAUUUGAAAAAUGGGAUAUUAACACGAGAGCAAUACUGGAACUUUAAUGUAGAAAAAACACGUUAACAUUGCACAUAAAUGUUUCUCCUACCAACUUAAAAAAAAGUUUCUAGAAGUUCCUCUAACAGCCGAUCCCUUUUAAGUGAAGUGGACAGAGAGCUUUCCCACGCUUUCCCCGACCCGCGCGUUUGACGCAGGGAAGGGGGACGUCGUCGUGUUGCGCCAAUGAGAAAGGCGUCUCCUUCAAACCCGGAGCGUCGCGCUGUCAAUCAGGGCUGCUUGCGGGCUGUGGGACAGAGUGCGCUCAGCGAGACAUUGCAACAUUGAUAUAGCUUAUACCGUGGGAAAGCGCAUCACACUGCACUCUGGCUGCCUGGGUGGCUGGAGCUAAACCGCCAGCUUCUAAAAAGCAGACCGGAAAAUUGUGUUUCUCCCCCUCUCUCUCUCUCUCUCCAGUGAUAAUGAAACGUCCUUGUGAAGAAAGUUCUUCAGAUAGUGAUAUUGAUGAAACCAUAGACGUGGGGAGCGAAAAUAUCUGCGCAGGGCAGGACAAUAAUGUACUCAUGAGAGCCGGGUCUCCGUCUACAACUUCCCAAAUAAUGGCCAGGAAGAAAAGGAGAGGGAUCAUCGAGAAGAGACGUCGAGAUCGUAUUAACAAUAGUUUGUCGGAACUUCGUCGACUGGUCCCCACUGCUUUUGAGAAACAGGGAUCAGCAAAGCUCGAGAAAGCGGAAAUACUUCAGAUGACGGUGGAUCAUCUAAAGAUGCUACGGGCAACCGGAGGUAAAGGGUUUUUUGACGCCCACGCUCUCGCCAUGGACUUUAUGAGCAUCGGUUUCCGGGAGUGCUUGGCCGAGGUGGCCCGUUACCUGAGCUCGGUGGAAGGUCUCGACACGUCGGACCCGUUGCGACUCCGCCUUGUCUCUCACCUCAGUACCUACGCCUCUCAACGGGAAGCGGCAGUGAUGAGCUCGACGGUGGCUCAUCAUCACCAUCACCACCAGCAGCAGCAACAGCGGCACCAGCAUCACCUCCAGCAGCACCAACAGCACUGGGCCGCCGCCUUCCACCAACUGCCCUCUGCUCUGUUGCAGCACCACGGCCUCGUCAGCGACAGGCUGCUGGCCACCGCCACCGCCUCUUCCGAACUGCACCCAGGGCCUUGGCUUGUAACCCACUGCAAGAGGCAUCAAUAUUGUUACGAGCAAAUCGACAGCAAUUUUACACGCGAGCUUUCUGCGUUCAAGUAUCCCAAUGUCGACUAUUAUGUGUACGCAAACUGUAACCAUUCCGCUGUAUCUCCAUGAGGUGGUUUGCUCCAAUGGACCCUCACGACAGCUUAACCACCAGAGAGAAAAGAAACGCCUUCCUCUGCCAUCAACAUCUAGUAAGAAUAAUGGAAUCAGUCAAACCUGACGGAUUUUGGAUGGUUCUCGGACGUAGCGCGGUUUCUUUCGUUUGCAAAAUGUCUCGCAUACUUCGCAGGAUAUCUUUAUGGAUGCGUAGCAGUUUUUAUUUCCGUUUGAGACUUCAUCCUGCAACCACAAUGUCGAUCCUUAGAAGAAUAACCAAGAUGGAACAAUGGAUUAAUUAAAUUCAGUCAAGCCCAUAGAUAGUGUUUAAGAAGGAACUGCAGAUGCUGGAAAAUCGAAGGUACACAAAAAUGCUGGAGAGACUCAGCGGGUGCAGCAGCAUCUAUGGAGCGAAGGAAAUAGGCAACGUUUCGGGCCGAACCCCAUCUUCAGACUGAUCAGCCCGUAGAUAGUUUUCGGUUUUAUUUUCGCCUGGAGAUUUUUCCCAGUGGGAUUAUAGAGCACCUACCGGAAAUGAACAGGAUUUUAGGAUUUGGAGUGGUGCGUUCUCCACAGCACCUGCAGUAGUAUCAAAAGCAAUAAUAUCAUGACAGCAUUCUCACGCCGCUGUGCCUCAAUCUGAAACUGCUGAACAGAGGUGAAGAUGGCAACAGCAGCAGUAAAUGACAGCGUCCCUAAUUGGACACCAGUUUCUUUAUGAGAAGUACAUUUAUAUGCCAACAUCGCCAACUGGGAUAUUAUACGAACUGUGUUUUCUCACGGCAGUGGAAAUGGCUUGAUGGCACAAGGUCUGAGCCGAGUUGGACACUGGUGGAAAUACAAAGGAUUGACUCGUUCAGUUUAUGUCAAAAGUUUAAAACCAAGGGGCAAAACAACAUUUACAGUAGCCUAUAUAUGUUAAGUUUUUUAAUCAUUCAUCCAUAGAGCAUAUUUCACUUACCCUGAUCCAAAAUAUGGUUGCCCGGAUUAAAAAUUUAUAGCCUUUAUUAGUUAAAUAUUAACUAAUUUAAAAUUUAAAAAAUGACCAAUUCCCAUAUUUUCAGCGGAAACGACAAUUGGAGAUUUGCAUGGAAACCUUUCCAGAAAAUAAACACAUAGCCCUAUCUUUACAUGAGUUUACAAACUAUGCCAACCUUGUUUAUUCUAAACCCGAGUCCAAACAUAUACCUGCAUUUGACAGUAAUGUGCAUUUUGAGGUCCUCUGAUUAUCCAGUGAGCUUCAUGGUGUACAGUGAAUAGGUGGGCAAGGGGCGUCAGUAUCUGAGACUAUUGUGAUUAAUUUUGUACUCAUCUGUUUCAACCAUUCUCUCAGAAUACACAACAUGGGGGAUUAUCAUAGUUGUUACAAUGCAGAGGUUUUAAGCUUAAAGCAGUAGAAUGGAGAAUAUUUCCUUGCAUUUCUUUGUACUUCGUUUUGUUCAUAGUACAGUUUUAGCAUCAUUAUCUCAUGUGAAUGAAACACUUUUUCAUUCUUUCUGUUGCCACUUAAACAAAAUUACACUAAUACAAAUAUACAUUGAAGUGGAUAGAAAUUAGCCUAUUCAGCAUGAAAAAUGUCACUAAAGCAGCAUAUGAAUACCAUUGAAAGGGCAUUUUAUUCAUGGCUGUUGACAUACUGAAGUAGAAUUCUACAAAUAAAUGUACUUUUGUUGC